CUCCACCACGAACCACAACGAGCACAUCCACAUCCACCACGACGGAAUCCCUCCCGGAGCUUCAAAAUUGACAACCUACCUUUCCACGCCGAAACCUUUCUUCGGUUGUGCGACCUACAAAUCUCGUCUCUCAACCCGACGGAAACCUCCAUGAUCGAUAUACAAACCUAGUCCCCUGCGACGGUCAUCUCUCUACUGGUGGCAUUCACGCUGCCCCUCGUUCUGCGACUUCAGCCAAUUUCUGGCCAUCUAUGAACCAAGUCGACCUCCUCCGCUUCCUCUCCAAGCCCGCAAAGUAAGCCCUUCAUUCUCCUCUUGGGUUCCUCGAUGGAAGUAUUAUCCAUCGCAUGCUCUAUCUACUGAUCGAUUGAAUCCCACAACAAUUGACUACCUUCACAACAUCGGCGCAUCCCGCUAAUUUUUUCCUUCCCUAGGCCCAGAUAACACCUGCUUAAACACGUAGGCACCAACCACUUCCAUAGAAGCAUCGCUCUUCUACUACACUCCGUCUCCCGCCAUCCAACCGACCUCCCAUCGCGCAGAUAACCUCGUCUGCCGGGUCCGAUACUCCACCACAGGUAUCGGUUUCUGCCAGAGCGAGGCCCUACAACAAGACACAAUUCCGAUCCUUAGGGUUAUUUUCCUACCCCUCAACGCUCGACCUCCCUAACGUCCUUAAGUGACGUUGCACCUUCUAUACACUGUUUGCUGCUGGCUCCGCCAGCCUCCAAAAUUGUCCACCCUCCUGUGGGCCUACUCUCUCAAACGAACGCCGCAAAGUUCGUUUGAGCGGUAGCUAGUGUCCCGCGGACUUCUAGCCCUUUACCGGGAAAGUCAUCAAACAUCUAAGCCUACUCUUUCUCACACGAGCUCCCGGGUUGCGCCCAAAGAGCUAGUCCUGCAGAAGAUGGUCAACCCCUCCGUCCCCAACGACUACGCCCUCUCUCCGGCUGAGGCUACUCCUCAUCUGACAAUCAAUCAUGAUGUCGCUGCUGACCUAGACUCCACCAACGCCUUUGAAGGCCCUGAGAAGCUCCUCGAAGUGUGGUUCGCCCCUGGCCCCGAGUCCCUCCCCGCGAGCGCCCAGCCCAAUGGCCUGAAAGCCGUCUCCGCCGACACCUGGGUUACCAUGCUCGACAUGGUCAACUGCAAGAUCCUGUCAGUCCUCGAGUCUGACUCUGUCGACGCCUAUCUCUUGUCCGAGUCGAGCUUGUUUGUGUUCCCCCACAAGCUCAUUCUCAAGACCUGCGGCACGACCACUCUCCUCUUGGGCUUGCAGCGACUCCUCCACAUCGCGGCUGAACACGCCGGCUUUCCGUUCCAUAACGCCAAGGAGUCCACCAACGUCAAGGCUGCUGCAACCCCCUACCGAGUCUUCUACAGCCGCAAGAACUUUUUGUUCCCUGACCGUCAGCAGGGCCCCCACCGAAGCUGGAGAUCCGAGGUCAAAUACUUGGAUGACCUGUUCGAGGGUGGCAGUGCCUACAUGGUUGGCAAAAUGAACGGCGAUCACUGGUACCUCUACAUCACCACGCCGAACAAAACCUUGACGCCCCCCAGGACUCCCGACGAGGCAGAAGAAGCUGCUGCAUUUGCCGCCAGGAUUCCCACUGGUAGCGUGGCCAGUUUCAGCAGCGGCUUCGAGGAGCGCAGUGACGAAACUCUUGAAAUUCUCAUGACCGAUCUCGACCCUGAAAAUGCGAAGCAGUUCUACUUGGCGGACGCGAGUGCGGUCGCUACCGACAAGUUGCACUUGCCGCAGACACAGGCGGCUCGGGACGAUGCCCACCAGAGUUUGGGUGACAUGUCUCAGGUUCAUGAGAAGGCGGGCGGCGAGGACCACGUCGACGUCUUUGAGAACAUCGGCGAGUCUGACCUCAACGAUGGCGAGCGUGCUGCCACUGAGGCUCUGACAACCGAGGGUCACGCGAUUGGUACUGUUGUUUCCGAGGGUUGCGGCCUCUCCAGCGUGUAUCCAACCAGCAAGUAUCCCGGAGCUCGCGUCGACGCCUACCUCUUCAGCCCUUGUGGCUUUUCCGCCAACGGUGUUGUCCCUGCCAUUGCCGACGAAGAUGAUGACUCGAAGAAUGAGAAGGGCGGAAAUGCUGCUCAUUACUUCACUGUCCACGUCACUCCGGAGCCUAACUGCUCGUUCGCCUCUUUCGAGACCAACGUUCCUGGGGGCCAGAGUGGUCGCACCACGGCUGAGAUCAUCGAGCACGUCGUUGACAUCUUUAAGCCUGGCCGCUUCAGUGUUACUCUGUUUGAGGCCAAGGGCAAGAGCGCCAACCCCUAUGGCAUGGGUGAUUAUGCUUCUCGUGCGACUGCCGUUCAGCGUCUUGUUGACCCUGUCCGUGGGUAUCGUCGCAUUGAUCGUAUUGUCCAUGACUUUGAGGAUUACGACCUCGUCUUCCGCUUCUACGAACGGGAUGACUGGGCUGGCGACCGUGAGGCUCGCCUUGGAGAGGAGAUGUGAGUUGCCCUCCAUGAGGCGUUGGCUAUGUUUCCAUUCUUCGAACGCGUGAUGCAUCUGGCCAUAUCCUGUCCGGCUGCCAUCCCGUCCAGAAUCGCUCGC